UGCUAUGCUGCCUAUAGGCCUAGCCUGCAAGUAUUAAAAAGCAGAAGAUAAAGAUUAAAGAGCCAGACUACUGUAUGUACUACAGUACAUGCAUAGAUUAUAGUAUAGUAUAGUGCAGAAAAUUAUGAAUAGACGUCAGUGAAUUUGAUAGAUCAUGGCUCAGAAAACUGAAACGUUUGUGCCUCGAGUCCCCUCGGCUGUGCGUCGUCAUGCCAGGCGUGAUCUCACAGGUGGCAAGAGAACGAGGAUGAGUGUUCAACCAGAUAGCCUGAGGGAGCAACAGACCAAGCAGCGAGAAGAGAGGGAAGCCAAGAGAGCUACAAUGGAUGGGAGAUAUGACUACAUCCUCUCCACCGUGUCAGAGCGCCUCGGCAUGAGCAUAGAAGAUGCUGAAGACUUUAUGUUAGAGGGAGAACAGCUGAAAGAGUUUGAAAAAUUCUUUUCUCCUGGAGGACGAGCGGUGUUAAUAUUCUUCUAUCAACCACCUAAAGAGGAACAGUCUGGAGAGGGUGGUGGGAGCAAGGCAAACCUUCCCUACAGUGCUAACGGGCGGAGAUUAUGGAUCACGGAUGGGACUGAAGAUGCUUACACUGGGACCUGUCUGUUCUUCCUCAGGAUUAACAUUCAGAAGGCCAUCACAAUGCUAAAUGUUCAUCAGGAGAUAUUUUUUGGCUCCUUGGAGUCAAAUGGCGAUGGUCUCUUGGGGGCCAUAGAGAGACUCCUUGGAGACAUAUUCAUCCCAGCUCUCACUAAUAAUGAAAAAUGGAGUACUCUAACAGGACCCGAAGGACAGGCCUCCAAAGUGGCCUUCCUCAGCAAACUGUCUUCGUUCGUAGCCGUAAUAGCCAAUGCACGAGCGAGCAUAGCGAAUGCUGUGAAGCUGACUCCAUGCUCUCAUCCAGUCCUAGCGGGCAUCUCCAGCCCUGCAGAGAUCAUGGCUGUUGCUGGCCAGCCAGAGACAGUGGAGGCAGCAGAGGACACCACUCUGGUCUGGUGCAAGGAGAUCGAGCUCAUCCUCACUCAGUCGGAGCAGAUGCGUAAGGAAUCUGACAGUGUGGGCCCGAGAGCUGAGCUGGAGCACUGGAAGAGGAGAAUGGCCAAGUUUGACUCCCUCACCACCUGUGUAAAGAGCCCUCAGUGCAGAGCAGUCAUCAGUGUGUUGGUGGCCAGCAAGUCCAAAGUCUUGCAGAGGUGGAAAGAUCAGGACAUGACCAUCACUGAUUUCACAAAUGAAGCCAAAGACAACGUUAAGUUCCUGUACACUCUGGAGAAGUAUUGUGAGCCUCUCUACAAGUGCAAUCCAGUGACAAUGUUAGAUGCCAUUCCAGGACUCAUGAACGCUAUUCGCAUGAUCAACAGCUACUCUCGCUACUACAACACAUCUGACCGGAUGACGGCACUUUUUGUGAAGGUGACGAACCAGAUGAUUACAGCGUGUAGGGCCCACCUCACGGACAGUGGUUACCACAAAGUGUGGGAGCAGGAAGUGGGUGUGGUUCUUCAGAGGAUCUCUGAAUGCCUCAAACUCAACGACGAGUACCAGGCGGCCUUCCAGAGGACCAAGGAGACACUCAGAAAUAACCCAGACGAGAGGCAGUUCGAUUUCUCUGAGAUGUACAUGUUCGGGAAGUUCAACAACUUCGCUCGCAGACUGUACAAGAUCCAAGAGCUCCUGGAGACGACCAUCACCUACUCCUCCUUAGGCCACUCUCACAUCGAAGGGAUCGAGACUCUACAUAACAGGUUCCAGCUGCUCGUCACAGGUAUGAAGAAAAAGCCAUACGAUAUAUUGGAAUAUCGCAAAACUGAGUUCGUCACUGACUUUGAGGAGUUUAAACGCCAAACUGCUGACAUCAAGGACCAAGUGGUUGCCUUGUUCGAUGAGAGGUUUGAGCAAAUGCCAACUUUUGACAAUGUGUAUGAACUGAUACAGAGAUUCCACCGGCUACAGCUGCCUGGGAUCCCAUUUGAGGACAAAUACAAGCAACUGAUACGUCGAUUUGUACGAGACCUCCUCCUCGUCGAAAUAGGCUACAAUGAGAACAAGGAGAACCCGCCGAUUGCUCGUAACCUUCCCCCAAUCUCUGGCAAGAUAGCUUGGGCCCGACAACUCUAUCGGAGGAUCUCUGGGCCAGUGGAAGUGUUUCAGAAGAACAAGGAGCUGAUGGCUCUCCCUGAAACCAAGAAGGCUAUCAAGAAGUACAAUCGUCUGGCGAGAGUACUCGUCGAGUACGAGCUCAUCUUUGUGCAGGCAUGGGGACGUGAGAUUGAGGCGGGGCAGGCCAGUCUCAACUCAACAGUGCUUGUACGUCACCCGGAGACUAAGAGCCUCCAUGUCAACUUCGAUAGGAAGGUGACGGAGCUAUUGAGGGACAUCCAGGUGAUGAGGGGGCUUGGUAUUGAGGUGCCAACUCAAGCUCUGACCGUGUACUCCCAGAAAGCUGUCAUCAUGGAGAGAUAUAACUGCGUUAAUCAUUUGGUUCUUGAGGAUCAGCGUAUCAGAGACAAGAUCCCUGAGUUGUUUGCCCCCCUCAUGAUACAUCACCUUGACGAUUUGAACAAAGCUCUUAGUCCAGGUCUCACCCUUAUUCGUUGGACCUCCCUCAACCUCCCGGCUUUCAUUGAGGCAGCACUGUCUGCACUAUCCAAAGUGGAGCUGCUUAUUGAUAGAGUUAUCAGUAUCCAUGAAAAUCAACUCAAUUUUGUCUUGAAAGAAAUGCAAACUAUACCACUCUGCGAGUUACCAUUGGAUGAGACGUUGACAGUUGAAGAGUUUAUAUCGACUACUGCGUCCUUGACGAGCAGUGCUACUAAAAUCGUCGAUACAAAGAGUCAAAUUGUUGAAAAAGCUGCCAAUGAACUGAUUUCACUUCUUACUGGUCCAGAAGUUGUUUUGGAGAAACCUGACGAUGAAUCAUCUCCUGGUGCGAUGGCUACCAUAAGAAUGAUAGAACAACGAACAAAACUGCAGCAUGAAGCCGAAAACCUAUUGUUGUAUUUCGAGCAAUGCAAUAUCGACGCACAAGUGCAGCUGUUGAAGUCUAACCUUGAGGCUAUUCGCAAGAGAAUCUACGUGCCCACACAGACGUAUACCGACUAUACUCACAAGACUCUGACGACUCAUUCACCGCUCUUCAAGAGUGAUAUUUCUUUGGUCCUCCCAAAUGUUGUCAUGUCUCCCACCCUGGAUGACAUACAGCAAGGUCUUAACCAGGCCGUCGGUUUAAUCACUGCUCUCACUAAGAAUGUAAUACGCUGGGGGCAAGAAACACACACCCCCAAACCCCCUGAGGGGAAAAGGCCCUCUAACAGCCGUACAGACAUUCGCACACGAAGUCGAGUUUUGAUACAAAGUCAGACAACCUCUGUUCAACUCAAAAACUACUACAGACCCGUAUCAGAGCACAAGGAAGUCGUGAAACUGGUUGGUGCACUUUCAACAGCUAUAAACUCGACAAAGAAGCUUGUUGAUGGCAGUAAGGAUGUAUUCACAGUGUAUUCAGACCUGUGGAGUGAGGAGCAAAGCACGAGCAUUGAAGAGUACACUAGCAGGAACCCGAGUGUUUACGAAUUCAACAAUAAAAUGGAGGAAUACAUUGAACUGGAAGCAAAGAUUAUGGCUGAGCCCGACCUUAUAGCUGCAGGUACCCUUUGUCUGCACACAGAGAAGAUCAAGCUAGCCCUUUGCACAGAGGCAAAGAGUUGGAGAGUUGCUUUUGGACGUGCCAUGAACACCAAGUACCAGACUCUAAUGGAGGAGGUCAGUGGGUGCCUGGAAGACUGGAUUAAGAAACUGAGUCGACCACUAAAUGAUCUUGACGAUAUCCGAGGGGUUAUGGCCGCUCUGAAGGAGAUCAGGGAGAAUGAAAUACGCAUUGACAUGUCUCUGGAACCUAUUGAGGAGAGCUACUCUCUCCUCCAAAAGCAUGGCAUUCAAGUGGCCAUGGAUGACCUUGAGAAGGUGGAUACACUUCGCUACCUCUGGUCCAAUCUCCACGAGCAGAUCGUCAGAAUACAGGGUGUACUUAUGACUGUGCAGCCAAAGUUCAAAACCAGCUUGGAGGAGAAAGUGGUCGGGUUCAAGACGGAUGUCACCGCUUUUAUGGGCGACUACACUACAAGUGGUCCCAAUGUAAUGGGGAUUGCCCCAAGAGAGGCCAGUGACAAGUUAGUCAUCUUUCAGACCAAAUUUGACGACCUCUGGCGCCGUUUUCAGACCUGUUCUGGAGGAGAGGAGCUGUUCGGAAUGGAAGUAACCGAUUACCCAGAUCUGGUAAGGACUAAAAAAGAGCUCAACCUUCUUCAGAAGUUGUAUGGGCUAUUCAACACUGUUAUGGACAGUAUCGAUGGCUACUACGAUAUUCUGUGGAGUGACGUGGACAUUGAGAAGAUCAACAAUGAACUGUUAGACUUCCAGAACAAAUGCCGUAAACUCCCUAAGGGGCUCAAAGAGUGGCAAGCGUUUAACGAUCUCAAGAAGAAGAUAGAUGAUUUCAAUGAGACGUGCCCUCUACUGGAGCGGAUGAUAGACCCCGCCAUGAAGGAGAGACACUGGCUGAGGAUAGAGGAGGUCACAGGGUGGAAGUUUGAUGUCGAGUCCGAGGGUUUCCAACUGAGAAACGUUAUGGAAGCUCCACUACUGAAGAGUUUGGAGGACAUUGAGGACAUCUGCAUCAGUGCUGUGAAAGAGAAGGACAUUGAGAUGAAGCUAAAGCAGGUGAAGGCAGACUGGGCAGUGCAGAACCUCUCCUUCUCUGGGUUCAAGACUCGUGGAGAGCUCUUGCUGAGAGGAGAGGACACAUCAGAGAUUAUUGGGCUCAUGGAGGAUUCUCUCAUGGUGUUAGGGUCACUCAUGUCCAACCGCUACAACGCUCCUUUCAAAACGGACAUUCAGAAGUGGGUCAAAGACCUCACAAAUACAACGGAGAUUCUUGAGAGCUGGUUGGUCGUGCAGAACCUGUGGGUGUACCUGGAGGCCGUGUUUGUGGGUGGAGACAUCGCCAAACAACUGCCCAAGGAAGCGAAACGUUUUCAGAACAUUGACAAGUCGUGGAUCAAGAUCAUGACAAAGGCUCACGAGAACUCCAACGUGGUGACAUGCUGUGUGGGAGACGAGACACUCGGACAGCUGCUGCCCCAUCUCCUGGAGCAGCUGGAGCUCUGUCAGAAGUCCCUCACCGGCUACCUCGAGAAGAAGAGACUCGUCUUCCCACGAUUCUUCUUUGUCUCAGACCCAGCACUCCUCGAGAUCCUCGGACAGGCGUCUAAUUCUCAUACCAUACAAGCCCACCUCCUGAGUGUGUUCGAUAAUGUAAAGACAGUGACCUUCCAUGAGAAGGAUUAUGAUAGGAUCACGCACAUCCACUCUAGAGAACCGGAGACCGUGGAGUUGGAAAAGCCGGUCAUGGCCCAGGGCAAUGUGGAGGUGUGGCUUGGCAAACUGCUGACAAUGUCUCUGCGUUCGGUCCACUGUGUGAUAAAAAAUGCCGUCACUGCGAUCAGAGACCCCAACUUUGAAUUGCUCAACUUCCUCGACUCGUAUCCUGCACAGAUUGGUCUCCUUGGGCUACAAAUCAUCUGGACAACAGACUCAACAGAAGCACUCAAGCAUGCCCGCUCGGACAAGAAAAUCAUGGCUGCUACCGAUUCCCAUUUUCUCAACAUCCUGGACAUGCUUAUUGAAGUGACCACAAAGGAGUUAGCGAAGAUUGAGAGGAGGAAGUACGAAACUCUCAUUACCAUCCAUCUCCAUCAGAGAGAUAUCUUCCAUGCACUGGUGGACCUGAAAGUCAAGAGUGAAACAGAUUUUGAGUGGCUUAAGCAAACUCGCUUCUACUUCAAUGAUGAUACAGACAAAGUCAUUAUCUCCAUCACUGACGUCGACUUUAUCUAUCAGAACGAGUUUCUCGGCUGCACAGAGCGACUUGUCAUCACCCCUCUCACUGACAGAUGCUACAUUACACUGGCCCAGGCUCUCGGGUUCUCAAUGGGUGGGGCUCCGGCAGGACCAGCUGGCACUGGCAAGACAGAGACCGUCAAAGAUAUGGGGAGGGCUCUGGGAAAGUACGUAGUGGUGUUCAACUGCUCCGAUCAGAUGGACUUCCGAGGACUGGGUAGGAUCUACAAGGGUCUGGCUCAGUCUGGGAGCUGGGGCUGCUUCGACGAAUUCAACAGGAUAGAGUUACCCGUUCUCUCCGUGGCUGCUCAACAGAUUGCCACUGUGCUAGCAUGUAAAAAAGAGAGAAAACCGGAGUUCAUUUUUACUGACGGAGAUGUAGUAGCCUUGAAUCCUGAGUUUGGACUCUUCUUAACAAUGAAUCCUGGUUAUGCUGGUAGGCAAGAGCUACCUGAGAACCUCAAGAUGAAUUUCAGACCCAUCGCUAUGAUGGUCCCAGACAGAAAGAUUAUCAUUCGAGUGAAGUUGGCCAGUUGUGGUUUCCUUCAGAACAUUGUUCUCUCAGAGAAGUUCUACACUCUCUACAAACUGUGCGAGGACCAGCUCUCCAAACAGGUCCACUACGACUUUGGACUCAGAAACAUUCUCUCCGUGCUCAGAACUCUCGGAGCUGCCAAGAGGGCCACCAAAACCGAUACAGAACUUACCAUUGUAAUGAGAGGUCUCAGAGACAUGAACCUCUCUAAGCUAGUGGACGAAGACGAGCCUCUCUUCAUGUCCCUCAUCAACGAUCUCUUCCCGGGCAUUGAGAUAGCCAAAGCCGUGUAUGAAAAACUUGAGGCGGCCAUUGAUCAAGAAGUGCGGGCAGCGGGACUCAUUAACCACCCAUCUUGGACUCUGAAGCUCAUCCAGCUGUACGAGACACAAUCUGUACGUCACGGGUUCAUGGUCCUGGGUCCAACGGGCACGGGGAAGACCAAGUGUAUUCACAUCCUCAUGAAAGCUAUGACAGACAUUGGCGUACCUCACAAGGAGUGGAGAAUGAACCCUAAGGCCAUCACUGCCUCCGAAAUGUUUGGACGUCUAGACGUGGCCACCAACGACUGGACAGACGGUAUUUUCUCAACUCUCUGGAGACGUUCACACAAGUUGAAAAAAGGAGAACAUAUUUGGCUUUUGUUAGAUGGACCUGUGGAUACCCUGUGGAUUGAGAAUCUAAACAGUGUACUUGACGACAAUAAAACGUUGACUCUGGCCAAUGGGGACAGGAUUCCUAUGUACCCGGACAGCAAAAUUGUAUUUGAGCCUGAUAAUGUGGACAAUGCAUCUCCCGCCACCGUUUCCCGGAAUGGAAUGGUGUACAUGAGCUCGUCAGGCCUGGAAUGGAAGCCCAUCAUGGAGGGAUGGCUUCUGCACAUGCUGGCGGAGAAGAAGGUCACACAGUCCGAGGCAGACAUAUUGACAGCUCUCUUUGAUGCUUCCUUUCUCGAUCUUUAUCUUUAUUCCACCAUAUCCUUCUCUGCUAAAAUGAAGCUCCUUCAAUGCAGCUAUAUCAUGCAAGCGUGUCAGCUCCUGGAAGGCCUUAUUCCAACCAAAGCCAAAGACGAUAACACCUCACUUCCCAAGUCACAUCUAGAGAAGCUGUAUAUCUUUGCUGUCAUGUGGAGCAUGGGGGCACUCAUUGAACUCGACGACAGAGCCAAAAUGGAGGCAUGGCUGAGAGAAACUAAGAAGGAGUUGAACCUCCCCGUCUGUGCCGAGGGUUCAGGAGAUACCAUGUUUGAGUUUACUGUGGACAAGGCCGGGAACUGGGAACAUUGGACCACUCAUGUUGAGGAGUAUGUGUACCCCCACGACAGCACGCCCACUUACGCCUCUAUUCUCGUUCCCAAUGUGGACAACGUACGAACAGACUUUCUCAUUCAUACGAUCGCCAAACAGGGCAAAGGAGUACUCCUGAUUGGAGAGCAAGGAACGGCCAAAACGGUGAUCAUCAAGGGCUACAUGUCCAAAUAUAACAUAGAGGAACACAUUGGUAAGAACCUGACCUUCUCCUCGGCCACCUCCCCCGGCCACUUCCAGCGAGCCAUCGAAAGUUACAUUGACAAGAGAGUGGGGACCACGUACGGCCCACCAGCUGGCAAGAAAUGUACUGUGUUUAUUGACGACGUGAACAUGCCUCGAAUCAACGAGUGGGGCGAUCAGAUCACCAACGAAAUAGUCCGACAGUUGAUGGAAAUGAAAGGAUUCUACAAUUUGGAGAAGCCUGGCGAUUUCAUACACAUCCAAGAUCUCCAAAUCAUGGCCGCCAUGAUUCACCCCGGAGGAGGAAGAAACGAUAUUCCCUCAAGACUAAAAAGACAAUUUGUUGUUUUCAACUGUACCCUCCCUUCGAAUGCGUCAAUCGACAAAAUCUUUGGUGUGAUCGGUAAAGGCUACUUUUGUAAGGAUCGUGGAUUCUCCAUGGAAAUUAUCUCGAUAGUCGAAAAACUAGUCACCUGCACUCGAAAAUUGUGGCAAGCUACAAAAGUCAAAAUGCUUCCGACUCCGGCUAAAUUUCACUACACGUUUAACCUCAGAGAUCUCUCUCGAAUAUGGGAGGGCAUGCUCCACAUUACCAGCGAGCCACUGACAAGUAUUGUGGUUCUAUUAGCUCUAUGGAAACACGAAUGCACAAGAGUGAUUGCUGAUCGAUUCACGAAUGCUGAAGACAAGGCGUGGUUUCAGCAGAUCAUCCCCCGAGUGAUUGAGGAGGAGAUAGGGGCGGAGACUAGUCGACUGAUUCCUGAGGAGUCCUAUUUUGUUGACUUCCUCAGAGACCCACCAGAGCCAACAGGAGAUGAGCCUGAGGACUUUGAGUUUAUCGCUCCCAAAAUUUAUGAACCAAUACCAGCUUACUCGGAGCUUCAAGAACGUCUAAGUAACUUUCUACUUCAGUUCAACGAGACUGUUCGAGGAUCAGGAAUGGAUCUGGUCUUCUUCAAAGAUGCGAUGGUCCAUCUGAUAAAGAUUUCUCGCAUCAUCCGCACAGACAGAGGAGCUGCUCUACUGGUUGGAGUUGGCGGGUCAGGGAAACAGAGUCUCACUCGAUUGGCCUCCUUUAUUGCCGGCUACAAAACGUUCCAAAUCCAGCUGUCUCGAUCUUACAGUUCCAACAAUCUGCUGGAAGAUCUGAAGGUCCUCUAUCGAAUUGCGGGAGAGCAGGGGAAGGGAGUAACGUUCCUCUUUACUGACAACGAGAUCAAAGAUGAGGGGUUCCUCGAGUACAUAAACAAUGUCCUCUCCUCUGGAGAGGUGUCCAACCUUUUAGCUAGAGAUGAAAUUGACGAGAUUAACUCUAACCUCAUCCCCGUCAUGAAGAAAGAGUUUCCACGGAGACCACCUACACCUGAUAAUCUUUACGACUACUUCCUCUCUCGAGCCAGACAGAACCUCCAUAUUGUGCUCUGCUUCUCUCCGAUUGGUGAGAAGUUCCGAAGCCGUGCCCUCAAGUUCCCUGGAGUGUUCAGUGGCUGCACUAUGGACUGGUUCAGUCGAUGGCCCAAAGACGCUCUCAUUGCUGUGGCCCACCAUUUUGUUGGCACUUUCGAAAUAACAUGUACAGAUGAAGUCAAAGAUGAAGUAGUUCAGACAAUGGGUAUCGUACAGGACUUUGUUGCCGAGUCAUGCCUCAACUAUUUCGAAAGAUUCCGAAGGUCCACCCAUGUCACUCCCAAGUCUUACCUCUCCUUCAUCAACGGCUACAAGGGCAUCUACCUAGAGCAGAAGAAGCACUUGGACCAACUGGCAGAGAGGAUGAAUACUGGUCUAGACAAACUGCUAGAGGCCAGUAAAAGUGUGGCCGAGCUCUCAAAGGAGCUCGAGGUGAAAGAGAAAGAUCUAGUGGUCGCAAAUAUCGAAGCAGAGAAGGUGCUCAAGGAAGUAACAGUGAAGGCCGAAGCCGCUGAGAAAGUAAAAGCAUCUGUUCAGGUUGUGAAAGACAGGGCCCAAGGUGUAGCCGAUUUAAUAUCUGCAGACAAAGUCGUGGCAGAGGGUAAACUGGAGGCAGCCAAGCCGGCUCUAGAAGCGGCAGAAGCAGCCCUCAAGACUCUCAAAGCUGCAGACAUAGCCACUGUUAGGAAACUGGGCAAGCCUCCCCAUCUGAUUAUGAGGAUCAUGGACUGUGUGCUACUGUUGUUCCAGAGGAGACUAAAUCUUAUGGCCCAGGACCCAGAGAGGCCGGGCCCAAAGCCGUCCUGGUCCGACUCUCUAAAGCUGAUGGCCCAAACUGGUUUCCUUCAAUCUCUCCAGAACUUCCCCAAAGACUCCAUAAACGAUGAGACAGUAGAGCUGAUGGCCCCUUACUUUGACAUGGAGGACUACAACCUGGAGACGGCCAAACGAGUGUGUGGCAAUGUGGCUGGUCUGUGCUCCUGGACACAAGCCAUGGCCGCAUUCUUUUCAGUUAACAAGGAGGUGCUUCCUCUGAAAGCCAACUUAGCGAUCCAGGAGGGCAAGUUUCGAAUCGCUCAAGAAGAACUAAAUGUAGCAAACGCCCAGCUGGCAGAGAAAGAGAAGGAGGUGGCUGAAGUGAGAGCUAUGUACGAGGCAGCCAUGCGUAAGAAACAGGCACUGCAGGAUGACGCAGAGACUUGUAAGAGAAAGAUGACAGCGGCGUCUGCUCUAAUUGAAGGACUGAGCGGGGAGAAAGUGAGGUGGACUGCGGCAUGUAAAGAAUUCAAGGCGCAGAUUAGCAGAUUGGUGGGUGACGUCCUCCUGGCCUCUGGUUUCCUCUCCUACUGCGGCCCCUUCAACCAAGAGUUCCGAAAGAUACUGUUGGACUGUUGGAAGAAAGAACUCACCACUCGAAAGAUCCCAUUCACAGACAAUCUAAACCUCACGGACAUGCUUGCUGACUCAGCUACUGUGGGAGAAUGGAAUCUCCAAGGUCUGCCAAACGACGAACUCUCCGUUCAAAAUGGCAUCAUUGUCACCAAAGCAACUCGCUUCCCCCUCCUCAUCGACCCUCAGGGCCAGGCCAAAAACUGGAUCAAAAACAAAGAGACCGGUGAAUCUUUUCGAACCACCACCCUCAACCACAAAUACUUUCGUUCUCACCUGGAGGACUGCCUGUCUUUGGGGAAUCCCCUUCUCAUAGAGGAUGUGGAGGAGGAUCUUGACCCCUGUCUGGAUAAUGUCCUAGAAAAGAAUUUCAUCAAAGCUGGUUCCAUGUUGAAAGUUAAAGUCGGUGAUAAAGAAGUGGAUGUGAUGAAAGGAUUUAUGCUGUACAUUACCACAAAACUCCCCAACCCUUCUUACACACCAGAGAUCUAUGCGAGAACGGCCAUUAUUGACUUCACUGUUACCAUGAGAGGCCUUGAGGACCAGCUACUGGGUCGUGUGAUUGUGACUGAGAAGGGUGAGCUGGAGUCUGAGAGGGUGAAGCUAAUGGAAGAGGUGACGGCCAAUAAGAGACAGAUGAAGGAGCUUGAGGAUAGCCUGCUUUAUCGACUCACCACCACCAAAGGCUCUCUAGUGGACGAUGAAUCUCUUAUUGACAUGCUCCGAACCACUAAGAAAACGGCUGAGGAGGUCACUCACAAGCUACUGGUGGCGGCAGAAACAGAGAUCAAGAUCAACCUGGCUCGAGAGGAAUACCGUCCAGUGGCUGCUCGCGGCUCUGUCCUCUACUUCCUCAUCAUGGAGAUGUCUAUGGUCAACGUCAUGUAUCAGACAUCUUUGCAGCAGUUCUUGGGCAUCUUUGAUAUCUCCAUGCAACGUUCUACUAAGUCACCAGUCACAACCAAGCGUAUAGCAAGUGUCAUUGAGUAUCUAACAUUUGCUGCCUUCAAGUACUGCAUCCGUGGGCUUUACGAGCAACACAAGUUCUUGUUCACUCUUCUACUAGCUCUCAAGAUUGACAUGCAGAAGGCUGCUGUGAAACACAAAGAGUUCCAGACCUUGAUCAAGGGCGGUGCUGCCCUUGACCUCAAUGCCUGUCCCCCGAAGACGUCCAAGUGGAUCACUGACAUGACCUGGCUGAAUUUAGUGGAGCUGGGAAGUCUGCCUCAGUUCCAGGAAAUUCUUUCACAGAUUGGUCGCAAUGAUAAAGCUUGGAAGGUUUGGUUUGACUCGGAUGCCCCCGAAGAGACCCCCAUACCAGACGGCUACAACAAUUCCCUUGAUACAUUCCGAAAAUUGCUCAUGAUUCGAUCGUGGUGUCCAGACCGUGUGUUGCCUCAGGCUCUCAAAUACAUUUCAGAGUCCAUGGGGGUCAAAUAUGCUGAGGGUGUUAUCUUGAACCUGGAGGAAAUGUGGGAGGAGUCUAACAAGCGAAUUCCGAUGGUAUGUUUCCUCUCCAUGGGGUCCGAUCCCACCAACAGUAUUGAAUCGCUCUCCAAGAAACACAAUUUCACUUUUGGCUCUGUGUCUAUGGGUCAAGGUCAAGAGGUUCAUGCCAGGAGACUUAUUGGACAAUGUCAACAAAAUGGUGGCUGGGCCUUGCUCCAGAACACUCACUUGGCUCUGGAUUUCCUUGACGAGCUCCUGGCAACCGUCAUAGACACAGAGAAUGUUCAUGAGGAUUUUAGGCUUUGGCUGACGACAGAAGUCCACGACAAGUACCCGAUCAACCUCCUGCAGGCAUCCAUCAAGUACACGUUUGAGCCGCCUCAGGGCGUGAAGGCUGGUCUGAAGAGGACAUACACCAACACAAGUCAGGAGACUCUGGAGUAUUCGAACCUCCCUCAGUGGAAGCCGAUGUACUACACUGUGGCCUUCCUUCACACCACGGUCCAAGAGAGACGCAAGUUCGGGCCACUCGGUUGGAACAUCCCCUACGAGUACAACCAGGGAGACUUCAACGCCAGCAGUCAGUACGUCAUGAACCUCCUAGACGACCUCGACUUAAAGAAGGGUGUGUCGUGGGGGGCAGUUCAGUACAUGAUUGGUGAGAUCCAGUACGGAGGCAGAGUGACUGACGACUAUGACAAGAGACUACUCAACACUUACGCCAGGCUUUGGUUCAACGAAGGAAUGUUCAAACCAUCCUUCAUAUUUUAUGAGGGUUAUAAAAUACCUGUGCUCAAAACUGUUAAGGAGUACAUUGAUUACAUUGAGAGCCUUCCGCUAGCAGACACCCCUGAGAUAUUUGGACUCCAUCCAAAUGCUGAUAUCACGUACCAAAGCAACACUGCAAACCAGAGCUUGGACACGAUUCUCUCCAUUCAGCCAAAGGACAGCUCAGGAGGAGGAGGAGAGACAAGAGAGAGUGUGGUGUACAAACAGGCCGGGGAAAUGCUCGAGAAGCUACCCUCAGAUUAUAUCCCCCACGAAGUGAGGGCCAGGCUCAACAAGAUGGGUGCCAUUGCUCCAAUGAACAUCUUCCUGAGACAAGAGAUCGAUCGCAUGCAACGUGUCAUCUCUGUUGUACGUAGUACCCUCCAAGAUCUGCAGUUGGCCAUUGAUGGGACCAUUAUUAUGAGCGAGAACUUGCGAGAUGCUCUAGACUGUAUUUACGAUGCCAAGGUGCCCAAAGUCUGGGGAAAGAUAUCUUGGGACUCAUCAACGAUUGGUUUCUGGUACACUGAACUACUGGAGAGAGACAGUCAGUUCCGAGCCUGGGUGUUUGAGGGGAGACCUAUCUCCUUCUGGAUGACUGGCUUCUUCAACCCGCAAGGCUUUGUGACAGCCAUGAGACAAGAGGUGACCAGGGCUCACAAGGGCUGGGCUCUGGAUAGCGUCGUAGUCCACAACGAAAUGACCAGGUUAGGCAAGGAAGACAUCACUGCUGCCCCAGAAGAAGGGGUCUACGUGUACGGACUGUUCCUAGAUGGAGCUGGCUGGGACAAGAAGAAUAGUCGACUGGUCGAUCCCACACCUAAAGUGCUCUUCAUUCAAAUCCCAGUGGUGCACAUAUUUGCCGUCAACCUCAAGGGAUUUUCGCUAGACCCAAAACUGUACAUCUGCCCAGUGUACAAGAAACCUCGUCGCACUGACCUCACGUACAUCACCUACCUUAGCCUGAGGAGCAACCAACAUCCCGAUCACUGGAUCAUGAGAGGAGUAGCACUCCUCUGUGACACUAAGUAAACCUAUAUCACUUUUUGUGUAUACAUGUACAAUGUCAUGUACGUAUGCCCAUCAUUUUAAAACUGCUCACCCUAAUUUCAAUUAUUGAGCUUAAAAACAAUACAUUUUUAACUAUUAUAAUUAUACAUGUAACGUAUUUAUAAAAUAAUGCAUAAUUAAUUUUGGUUGUACUCACCCCCAUAAUAAUGAUUUUUAUGCCUGCCAUUGAACUAUAAUAA